AUGUCUGUACAGAGUUCAAUAUUAAAUGUCUGGAAUCGGACAGCUACGGUCUUAAACCAUUCCCUUAACCUCAAAAACGUCGUCAAAUAUGGACGAAUAAGGAAGCCGGUCUUCGAACUAGAGUCUAGAGUUCGACUGGAAACACGCCGGAAAUUUUCCAGUCUAUCUGACGUGAUUGUCAAGUCAGAAGAAAAUCCCGCUGUCUCAAAAGCAGAGUACGUUCCUGCUCGGUUUUCUUCGAUAAAAAUGAUUGAUGAACAGACUCAGCGGGCCCUUAAGCAAGUGUUUAAGUAUGAAAAUAUGUCGAAAGUUCAGGACGCUGUUUUGUCGAUGUCGCCUGUCACCGGAGAUUUAUUCGUCAAAGCGAAGACGGGAACAGGAAAAACUCUAGCUUUUCUUAUUCCUGCUAUCCAGACAGCAUUGAGAACGGAAGAUAGGCGGGACAGAGGAAGGCGAGUCUCGAUUUUGGUGAUCUCGCCUACACGUGAACUAGCAAUGCAAAUUGCAGAGGAAGCAAGGAAGAUCACAUAUUUUCAUAACUUCGAAGUUCACUGUUUAGUGGGUGGUGAGCCAAAGGGCAGGCAAAUAAGAGACUUGUUGAGAAAACGGGUGGAUAUCGUCGUCGGUACACCUGGUAGACUGACUGAUCUAAUAGAAAGUGUUCAGGACUUUAGACGACAGUGUGAAGGUAUUAAAACGUUGGUUCUUGACGAGGCCGAUCAGCUUCUCGACAUGGGAUUCCGGCAAGAUAUUGAAAGAUUAGUUGAAUUUUACCCCAAAGAUAGACAGACCUUCCUUUUUUCGGCUACGAUAUCGCCAGAAAUACGUGAAAUUUCUCGAUUCGCUCUUAGAAAAGAUUACACUUUUAUUGAUACGGUAGAUCCCAAUGAUGUGAAUACAAAUAUACAAGUAAAGCAGUCGUACAUAGCUUGUCCUUGGGAAUCUCACAUUCCCACUUUAAGACAUAUUAUUAGAGAUCACAAAAAGCAACACCAGAACGCUAAAAUAAUUGCCUUUCUCCCGACAAGAUUAGGGACUCAGUUAUAUGCAGAGCUUUUCCGUAUGCUAGAUGAAGUUAGUGUUUUUGAGAUACAUUCUGGAAAGGCUCAGGAUCAAAGGUCUAGAGUGUCAGAGCGUUUUAGGAAAGCACCACGGAAUGCAAUGCUUGUAACUUCAGAUGUAUCAGCUCGUGGAGUAGACUAUCCUGGUGUGACUUUAGUGUUGCAAAUAGGUGCACCUUCGUCGAAGGAACAAUACAUACAUCGGUUGGGACGAACGGGACGCGCUGGGAAGGAAGGAAAAGGAAUCUUGGUUCUGGCGCCAUUUGAAAAGAAAUUCUUGCGUGAAGUUAGCAGUCUUCCAUUACAGGAAAUAUCGUUUCCAGAAAUAAAUAAAGAGGAUCCGAGCAUUGAAAAUGUAAUACAACGGCUCGAUGCUGAUAUGGUAGAUUCAGCUUUUCGGGCCUUCCUAGGAUAUUAUGUAGGGAAAUCCGACGUGAUAGGUGCUCGAAAAGAAACCGUCCUGGAUGCUGGAGCCGAAUUUGCUGCAGCUUUCGGGCUUAACCCUCCACCGCAUAUAAGUCCUAGGCUAAGACAAGCAUUGGGUUUUACCGAUAGUAGACGAUCUUCUGGUCGUGGUGCCAGCUCCGAACGCCGUUCUGGCUUCCGCUCGAGUAUAGACCGCCGAGGUGGGUAUAAUGAUAGAGAUAGUCAUCGAAGUAGGAGUUAUGGUGGCCGCGACGACUAUGGUGGCCGCGGGAACUAUGGUGGUGACUCCGGUGGCCGCGGUGACUAUGGUGGUGACUACGGUGGCCGCGGUGACUAUGGUGAUCGGAGCGGUUUUGGGAGCAGGAGUUCGCGCUCCUCUAUUAGACACACAUAUUAA